CAGGUGGCCGCCCAAAUACCUGAUGAAAUGGAAUGGUGAGGCUGAACAUUCAAUGCUUAAUGUUGUUUUCCCUCUUCCCCGUCCUUUCCGUUUUGGUUCCCCGUCUCCCCCGACCUGGAUCUGCUGGACCUGCCCGACUUACCCGACUCUUUGCUUGCAGAACAAGCAGGCAAGCAGACAAGGUCCUUCCUCCUCAUUUCCCUUGCCUGGCCAACGCUAACCCUGGAGCUUGUGUAGCCUUCCAUCUAAGUUCUCCGCCUCUUCCUCUUUCUAGAUCCCAUUCGCUCCCAUUCGCUGCGUAAUCCUCCCAUCAUCCUUUUUACAUUUCACGCAGCUAUCACCGCCUUCUCAUCCAUC